GCCACGCUCCCCGCCUCGUCCUCCCUGUCAGGGCACAGGCCCGCUCGGCAUACACACACUCUGCACAAACUGAUAAAUAAAUACACGUAAAGUCAAAUAUAUCGUCGUCAGGCCGUAGCCGAUGGAUUCCGAGUUGGGUCAAGACGAGACGUGACUGCAUCUCUGUUUGCCAGCUUCACUAACUUCAUCUUUAUUAUUCAUUUUCCCUGGCGGGAGCGCUCCUCCUCCUCUCCACGCUACCUGCAGCCUCUCCGGCGGGAGCGCCGUGCCCAGACAUCCGCCCCGUCAGAAAGCUGUCCCGAGCCGCGGCUCCGCUCACUCAGCACGCCGCCCUCCACUUUCCAUCACUCGGCUUUAGCGCUGAUUAUCCGCGAGUGAGCGCUCCGAGGGAUUAACAACAACGUGGUCGGCGGAGGAUGGAGCGAUCCCGCUGAGAGGUGAAAAGCACAAGGGAAGCUGUGUCUGUCGGCGGCACAGCGGCUCCUCCGGUGCUCUGUCCCCGCCUCAGAGGCCAUGGGCUGCGGCUUGCGGAAACUGGAAGACCCGGAGGACAGCAGCCCCGGGAAGAUUUACUCCACACUGAAGAGACCGCAAGUGGAGACCAAAACGGAUACCGUGUACGAGUAUGUGCUGCUCGACUUCAGCCUGGAAGGAAGCCGUCCCACGGUGCAGUAUGUGGCCUCUCUGGUCGAGCUGCCCCAGGCCCUGCAGCCCUACUACACCCAGGGCUACACGCUGGCCGCCCUGCACCCCAUCAUCCUGUCAGUGGGGCGAACCCGCUCCCUGCCCUUCAGCCUGCUGUACCGCGCCAUCCUCGCCCGACCCAGACCCAGUAAGCAGACGGUGUCCAUGUGCCACAGUGUGCCGGUGCUGAGGGUGGAGGAGUGGCCGUUACCUGGAGAGUCGCUGACGGGUGACACCGUCAGAGCCCUCAUCGACAGGGUGAACAGCAGCGCCCGGGGGGGUGUUCGAUUCGUGGGUUCGGUCCUCCAGCAGGUGAGUGGGAUCAGCAACGGCAGGGUGCACAGUCCGAAGAGGGGCUGUCGCUCCCCUCCACGCACCCCUCCUCGCACCCCGCCCGGAGACAAGGAGCUGGAGGAGAACACCUACAGCCCCGACCUGAGGCUGCUGGUUUUCUUCCACUCCUGGGCUCCAGGCUGUGCUCCCCUGGACUCGUUGGCCUGUCAGUACCACCAGGGGGCGCUCUCCAUGCGCGUGUCCAGGAAGGGCCAGGUGGUCAGCGCCCUGGAGGCUGACUGGCUGGAGCUGACCGCCGCUUACUACCGCAAGGGCUGGUCGCUGGUGGACUCCUUCGUCUACUGGGACACACCUAAAGGUGAGCCGGUGCCCCGCUCACUGGAGGGGCUGUUCGUCUACGAGGAGAGGAGCACCUCGCCUCCCGCUAACGACACUAUUGUUGUGGAGCAGUGGACUGUCAUCGAGGGCUCCAAUGUGAAAACAGACUAUGGGCCCCUCCUUCACACUCUGGCCGAGUUUGGAUGGCUGCUCACAUGCGUGCUCCCCACUCCCAUCAUUCGACAUGACAGUGAUGGCAACCUGGCCACCAAGCAGGUGGUGUUCCUGCAGAGGCCGGUGAGAAGCCACGCAGCGGGUCAACAAAGGAGCCAGGCCAUGUCUGUACACAGUGACGUGUCCAGUCGCUCGGUGAGCCGCGGAGUCACCAGCCCCGUCCCCCCCGAGGAGCUGUCCCCCACCACCGGAGGCAUCGGAGGCUUCCCGGUGUUCGGCGGGGGCUACCCCAGUGCCAUGUCCCACCUGGAGGAGGGGGGCUUCGAGCAAGAGGAGGGAAAAGCAGAGGUUACCUGCAUGUGAGAGGCAGGGAAACGGCUGGACACCUUUCUACCCUACACCUGUCCCCCCUCCACCUUCUCUCUCUCCUACAAUUAACUGAACAUUAAGGACUUGAACACUGGCAGAUUCCCAGAGAGAGUGUCCAAGGAGAAGGAUGGGAACUUGCAGUGGUGGGACGGGUGCUGUGGUAACCCCCUUUCCCCUGUUUUUUAAUUUUUAAGAAGACAGACUUUCCAUUGCCCUACAAUUUUCUUAACCCUUUGUUUUAACAGAGACCGUUAUGUAGAAAAAAAAAAAGAGAACUCAGCACUUUUUCAUGCUUUUUUAAUGAAGCCAUAAUGAGUAUGAUGUAUUAUUUAGAGGAGGAUCUAUAUCCAGCCUGUUUUUUUUUUUUUUAUAUAAAUGUAUUUGGGGGAGGGAACGAGUCCACAGGAGACACUUUAAAUGACACAUUUUCACAUUCACUUUUCAGGUGAUUCUGUUUAAUUUGAAGGAAAUCAUGUCGUAACACUUCAGGAUUCUGGUCAGGUGAUGAUAGAAAGCACAUACACUUACAGCAGAUGCUAAUGUAAAGCAUCAGAAAACAGCCAUCAGCACAACACACUGCUGACCGGGAGAACGAGGAAACACAACACACUGAGGGAGAAAGGCUUCACUUUUCUUGGGAUCCGUCUCACCGAUCUUGAAACUUACACUUGAGUUCCCGGUUUGUCUUCAUUUGGGAGCUUCCCCUCUCCUCUCUCUCUCUUUGCCCUUUCGUGACCUUUCAAGACGUCCCGACGCCUCUUCAUCUUCACCCUGCAACGCGUCCUCUGUGCCAAGGUGCUACCGGCCAGACAGACAGCGCUCCGUCCUCACAGCUCAUCUCCUCGCACAUAAGCACAGACAGGAUGUGAAUAUUUAUCAAGUAGGCAUCCGCAAAUGUGUGUGUGUGUGUGUUGGUACUGGGAAGGAGUGCGACAAGCAGCCACACUCUAAAUGUUAGACCCUCUGGUCUCGGUGAAGGUGUUAGGUGCCUGGAAAUGGCUUAUUUGUACUGAUUUGUCUGUAUGGGAUUUCACAUGCAGUCCUGUGCAUUUUGGAUCGGUUUUAGGGCCGGCUGAGUUUGAGUCCAGGUCAUUCAAAACACUGUAACAGACGCGCUUUUCAUUAUCAGUUGGAAACAUUUUGCAUUUCAGUGAUUUUGUGAAUGGGAACUAAGUUGACCACAAGCAUCCUUCCUUCUUGUUUCGUUAUUGGAUUGGUGCUAAUUUAUCAUUCUGGAGAUGUUCAUUGGUUUUUCAUGCACGUUUGCAAGUAUUAUUUCGUCAAGGUGUCGGUGCACGUACAGUAUUAUUUGCCCAAGCAUCACUACAAAUAGCUGGUUAUUGUGUCACAAGUCAACGGUACUGACAGUCCACCUCCUAUGUUCUGCUCUGUAAUAGUUUUUCAAGGACAAACUUACUGUUUUGAAGAAAUGACUAAAUAUUUUGUAAUGCCACAGGAGAAAACGUUGGAUUUUAUAAAGAGGACACCAUGCUGCUGUAUAUAUAUCCUUGAUGCUAACAUUAGUAUUAGACAUGACAGACCUGGGUUUCAACUAUUUGUGGAGUGCUUAAAUUUUAUUGUUUAAGAUUUCACUUGUACAAGUAUGUUUCAGAUAUUCCAGUGAUGUGUUCACUGCCCAAGUUUGAUUCAUAAAUCUUUUUGAACAGAUGCUUUUGGUUCUGCAGAAUCCCCAUCAGGGCUCAUUAAAUGUUAGUAUUAAUAUUUCAGCCUUUCCUUUGUGGGUUGUAGAUUUUGCUUCCUUUAUCAUUUGUGGUUAUUGAAUUAAAAUAGUUACUUCCCUUGAUUCA